AUGCACUGUGUGCUGCAUCGUGGCGCUGCACUGUGUGCUCUAUCACGGCGCUGCACUGUGUGCUGCAUCACGGCGAUGCACUCUGUGCUGCAUCACGGCGAUGCACUGUGUGCUCUAUCACGGCGCUGCACUAUGUGCUGCAUCACGGCGAUGCACUGUGUGCUCUAUCACGGCGCUGCACUCUGUGCUGCAUCACGGCGAUGCACUGUGUGCUCUAUCACGGCGCUGCACUGUGUGCUGCAUCACGGCGCUGCACUGUGUGCUGCAUCGCGGCGAUGCACUCUGUGCUCUAUCACGGCGCUGCACUGUGUGCUGCAUUGCGGCGAUGCACUGUGUGCUCUAUCACGGCGCUGCACUGUGUGCUGCAUCACGGCGAUGCACUCUGUGCUGCAUCACGGUGCUGCACUGUGUGCUCUAUCACGGCGCUGCACUGUGUGCUGCAUCGCGGCGAUGCACUCUGUGCUCUAUCACGGCGCUGCACUGUGUGCUGCAUCGCGGCGAUGCACUGUGUGCUCUAUCACGGCGCUGCACUAUGUGCUGCAUCGCGGCGAUGCACUGUGUGCUCUAUCACGGCGCUGCACUGUGUGCUGCAUCGCGGCGAUGCACUGUGUGCUCUAUCAUGGCGCUGCACUGUGUGCUCUAUCACGGCGCUGCACUGUGUGCUGCAUCACGGCGAUGCACUCUGUGCUGCAUCACGGCGCUGCACUGUGUGCUGCAUCACGGCACUGCACUGUGUGCUCUAUCACAGCGCUGCACUGUGUGCUGCAUCACGGCGCUGCACUGUCCUCUACCCUUCAUCUCAAUACGGCGCUUAAAUAUCUGACUCAGCCUGGCAAGAUGACUGCUGACUUGCACACUCCCCCAAAGGAUGAGCUCUUUGCCAGCAUGCCUGGCUCUGUGGAUGACAACGGAACUUGUCAGUGCUCUGUGUACUUGCCGGAUACCUCCUUUCCAGUGCAGAAGGCUGAGCAAUUGGAAAUUAUAGCCUCAACGCUCUCGGAGAAAUUCGAGCUAGAACUUUCUCAGGUUAGAGAGUACGCCAAAAAAAUUGAACUGUAUCAGCAGCAAAUCCGUAAUCUAACCAUCAGAGUGGAGUACAUGGAGACCGGUGUAUCUUACACAGAACUGGACUUCCAGUUACUCAAAGUGGAAAUCAGUGACUUAGAGAAACUGGUCACACAGCUGAAAUCCAGCCUUGUUGGAAGCAACGUCAUCGUUGAGCAAAUAUUUUUGGAGAUCACAAAUCUGACUCUGCUGGUAAAUGAACUAGAAUCACUGGACAAAAACAAUAUCCUUGCAAUUCGCCGACAAAUUGUGUCUCUGCAGAAUCGAUUGAAAGAGUGUGAAGAGAACACAAACAAAACUACAGUAGCCCCUUAUUUCCCACCAGGUAGCUGCAUUCACCGUGGACUGCUGAAUAUUAGCGAGCCCUAUGUUGUAAAGCUGAACUGGAGAGGAUUUUCCUACAAAUAUGGUUCCUGGGGUAGAGAUUAUUCUCCCUCCAAUCCAGAGAAGGAAGUCUAUUGGGUUGCACCAUUGAACACAGAUGGGAGAUACUUGGAAUACUACAGAAUUUAUAGUUCCUUUGAUGAUUUGCUGUUGUUUAGACCCACGUAUGAAAGCAGAAUAACAUAUGGAGAAGGAAGUGGUGCUGCCCUUUAUGAUAAUUAUUUAUACUAUCAUUCUUAUGGUUCAAGGUACAUGGUGAAGCAUGACUUAAGAAAAAACACCAUGGUUUUGAGGAAGGAGCUUCCAGAUGCUGCUACCGGUAACCGUUUCUCUUACGCAGGUGUAUCCUGGCAAGACAUAGAUUUUGCUGUGGAUGAGAGUGGGUUAUGGGUAAUAUAUUCAACAGAAAAUAGCAUGGGCAACAUUGUGAUUAGCAAACUCAAUGAAACCACACUCGAUGUGCUGAAUACUUGGCAGACGAGACAGUAUAAGCCAUCUGUUUCCAAUGCUUUCAUGUUAUGUGGUGUUCUAUAUGCCACGAGGCCAAUGAACACUAGGAAAGAGGAAAUCUUCUACAUGUAUGACACACAUACUGGCCAAGAAAGUAGAAUUAGUGUCGUGAUGGAUAAAAAGUUAGAUAAAAUCCAGAGUAUUGACUAUAACCCCACAGACCAGAAACUGUAUGUUUACAACGAUGGCUACCUUGUAAGAUACGAUAUGACCUUUCAGCCUUAG